AUUACGCACAUUGCUGGGUAAAUAAGCUGCGUGCGCUGUGUUUGAUAGCUGUUUUCAUCCCUCUGCGUGUUUCACUGUUUUUAAUCGAUUUUAAAGUUGCUCUCUUGUUCAAAAGUGCUGUAUUUUACGGGAGAUGGGAGUCCCCGCGUUUUUCCGCUGGUUGAGUCGGAAGUAUCCGUCGAUAAUUGUGCACUGCCUGGAAGAGAAGGCCAAGGAGUACAAUGGAGUUAAAAUCCCAGUUGAUACCAGCAAACCCAACCCAAAUGAAGUGGAGUUUGACAACCUGUAUCUGGACAUGAAUGGAAUUAUCCAUCCAUGCACACAUCCUGAGGACAAGCCAGCACCAAAAAAUGAAGAUGAGAUGAUGGUUGCCAUUUUUGAAUACAUCGACCGUCUCUUUAACAUUGUUCGACCGAGACGGGUUCUGUAUAUGGCAAUUGAUGGUGUGGCUCCUCGUGCCAAAAUGAACCAACAGCGUUCCAGACGCUUCCGGGCGUCUAAGGAAGGAGUGGAGCUCACGGAAGAGAAACAGAAAAUGAGAGAAGAAGUGAUGGAGAGAGGUGGUUACCUUCCACCAGAAGAAAUUAAAGAGCGUUUUGACAGUAACUGUAUCACACCUGGGACCGAGUUCAUGGAUAACCUGGCCAAAUGUUUGCGAUAUUAUGUUGCAGACAGACUGACCAAUGACCCCGGAUGGCGUAAUAUCACAGUUUUCCUGUCGGACGCCAGCGUUCCUGGUGAAGGAGAGCAUAAAAUUAUGGAUUACAUCAGGAGACAGAGAGGUCAGCCAAAUCAUGACCCAAACACGCAUCACUGUCUCUGCGGAGCUGAUGCUGAUUUGAUUAUGCUGGGUCUGGCAACACAUGAACCUAACUUCACCAUUAUAAGAGAAGAGUUUAAACCCAAUAAACCCAGACCCUGUGCUCUUUGUAGUCAAAUGGGCCACGAGAUUAAAGACUGUCAGGGUUUGCCAAGAGAAAAACAGGGCGAGCAUGAUGAGUUUGCAGACACCAUUCCGGUAUCCGAACAGGAGUUUAUAUUCAUCCGACUGGCUGUGCUGCGAGAGUAUCUGGAGAGGGAGUUGACAAUGGCCAGCCUGCCCUUCCCGUUCAGCUUUGAGCGGAGCAUCGACGACUGGGUGUUCAUGUGUUUCUUUGUGGGAAAUGACUUCUUGCCCCACUUACCGUCUCUUGAGAUCAGAGAGGGCGCCAUCGAUCGUCUGGUUGGCAUCUACAAAGAUGUUGUGCAUAAAACUGGGGGCUAUUUAACAGAAAACGGCUUUGUCAAUCUGGAGCGUGUUGAGCUCAUUAUGCAAGCCGUAGGGGUGGCAGAGGACAACAUCUUCAAAAAGCGCAAGGAAGACGACGAGAGUUUUAAGCGGAGAAUGAAGGAUAAGAAGAAACGGAUGAAAGCAGAGCAGCGUCCAUCAUUUCUCCCCGGGGGUCAGUUUGCUCCUCACGCUCUGGGUGGCAGAGAUCGACCAAUGGCAGUGCAGAACGCCAGACAUGCAGCAUUCGAAAUGAGGAUGCAGGGAAACCAGCGCAAUCAGGAUGCAGCUCAGUCCUUGAGAGCCAUGAUGAGAAAUGGGAAGGGUUCUGGUGAAUCCAGUGACAGCAUGGACAAUCGUGGUGUAAAGCGUAAAGCUGACGACAGCGACAGCGAACCAGAGCCUGAAGAUAACGUCAGGUUAUGGGAGGACGGCUGGAAGCAGCGUUACUACAAAAAUAAAUUCGACGUGGAUGCGACGGACGACGAGUUUCGUAAGAAAGUGGUGCAGUCGUACGUGGAGGGCCUAUGCUGGGUGCUCCGCUACUACUAUCAGGGCUGUGCAUCCUGGAAGUGGUAUUUUCCCUUUCAUUAUGCUCCGUUUGCCUCCGACUUCAAAGACAUCAAGGGCAUGUUCAGUGAUUUCGAGAAAGGGACCAAACCGUUUAAACCCCUGGAGCAGCUGAUGGGUGUGUUUCCUGCCGCCAGUGGAAACUUCCUGCCCACAACAUGGAGAGCUCUGAUGUCAGACCCGGAAUCCUCCAUCAUUGAUUUCUAUCCCGAUGACUUUGCCAUUGAUUUGAAUGGGAAGAAGUACGCCUGGCAGGGUGUUGCUUUGUUACCGUUUGUGGACGAGCGACGGUUACGGGCAGCAUUAGCAGAGGUCUACAAUGACCUGACCCCAGAGGAAGUGAGGAGGAACAGUUUGGGAAGUGAUGUGAUGUUUGUGGGAAGGUCCCACCCUCUUUGCGAUUUCAUUCAGGAGCUCUACCGUGCAGAAUCUCACACGGUUACUGAGAUCCCUGCAGAGUUUUGCCAUGGAAUCCAAGGUAUAUUAAAUCUAGAUGAAGACCCUAUUCUACCAGAUAAACUAGUGGAGUCUCCAAUCCCAGUGCUGAGAGACAUCAGCAGCAACUGCUCUAUUGGAAUCAAAUUCAAGGAUCCGCAGUACGGCGAUGGCUUUGUGUUCAAGGCUGUUAUCCUGCCAGGGGCUAAGAUCCCUAAUAAGGUACUGAAACCAGGCGACUGGGAGCAAAGUAACCGCGGCCCAUGGAGACCACAGCUGGGAUUCAACCCAAACCGCCAACAAGCCCAUCUGGACCAAUCGGCUUUCAGAAAACUCAAUCACCAUGUGGGCAGAAAUGAUGGGCCGGGUAACUAUGGCUCCGGUCCGCCUUCUGAUGCUCAUCGUAGGGGCGGAGCUUACAGCAGUGCCCCGCCCCCCAUGAACUAUCACCAAGGAAACUACCGUCCCCCUCAAAGAGACCACUACUCUCAAAGCCAGUAUUCCAGACAGCCUGCCAUGAACACUGGGUCAUAUCCCAGGUUCCAGCAAGGAGCAGCACACGGUUGGGAUCGAGCCAUGCAGAACCAGGGCUCUUCAUACCAGCAGAACCAGCAGAGGGGACGAGGAGACUGGAGACCCCAACAAAACCAGCAGGGCUUCAAUUCUGGACGUGGCUACGGAUUGCCUCCAGCCUCACGAAGAUACAACUGGAGCUAAGCUCAGUCUGAUGAGGAAAAAAAUGCAACUCAUUUUCUAUUCCAAGCAAACAUUGUCUCCUUUUUUUUUUUGGCCUGUUCAUUUGUAAACUUGUUUUUUUUUCUCUCUCUCUCCUUGUUUUACCGAUCAAAUGUUCUUAUAUGUAUUCACUUUUAAGAAUAUGCUGUAAAGCUUGUGAAAUACACAUGAGACAAGCCUGG